GAUUCAUUCCCUAGCAUCGAAAGUUCGUUUCGAUCUUCAAGUCUAUCAAAUCAACAACUUGUUCAAGCCUCGACAAAAUGUCGCAUGUCUUGAGCGCUAACACCCAAACUACGCUCAGUCCGCCGCGUCCAUCAUGGGUCGACCUGAGCCACUUCAGCCUCCCCGGCCCCAUGGGCAGUGGUGGACAAGUGCCCUAUCUCAUGGCAAUUCUCUUGGUGGUUUCUGUGAUGGCGGUUUCGCUGCGACCGAACAAGCUAUCCGCGUUUCCCGUUAUCAAUGGUUCGAAAAAUGAGUAUCUCAGAAACGGGAGAGCGAUGCUAGCCCGGGGCAUGAGAGAGUACGGAAAUAAGCCGUUCAGGGUGAACACUGGCCUCGGUGGCGGUGUCAUUAUUCUCAACUCUAGUGUCAUGCCUGAAGUUAGAAAUGACCACCGUUUUGACUCUACGAAAUUCCUUCUCCAGUAUUGGCAAGCCGGAAUCCCAGGCUUCGAGCCCUAUAUCGCCCUUGGAACCGAGAUCCUUCACAAUGUCAUCAAAUGGAACCUCACACCGGCUGGCAUUGCCAAGCUAAACAAGCCCCUAUCGGAUGAAGCUAAUUCUGCCUUGAAGGAUAUCUUAACCGACAAUGAAGAAUGGCAUGAAGUGUUACUUGGAGACGUCCUCAUCCGCAUCGUAGCGCGAGUCUCGUCGGUCAUCUUCUUGGGCCCGGAACUGUGUCGAAACCCGGACUGGCUCAAGAUCACAGUCAACUACACCAAUAAGGCAACAAACGCGGCCAAGGUCCUGCGCCGAUGGCCCGUCUUUCUCUACCGCGUCAUUCACUGGUUCUUGCCCGAGUGCCAGGAGGCGCGGCGCAUGGUCGUCGAGGGCCGCAAGACCAUCGCCCCGAUCCUUGAAAAACGCCGGGCCCAGAAGGCAGCCGACCCCAGUCUCGAGUUCCAUGACGCGUUGGAUUGGUACGAGUCGGCCGCGAAGAAGAUGGGUGUCGAUUACGACGCCGCGUCGCAACAGUUGGGCCUAAGCAUAUCGGCCAUCCUGACCAGCAACGAUCUCAUGUCGCAAAGCAUCAUGGACCUCUGCCAGAACCCAGAAAUGUUCGAGCCCCUUCGAAACGAGAUCCGAUCCGUCCUCGGGGAUGGUGGGUGGAAACCGACCACUCUCUUCAACAUGAAGCUUCUCGAUAGCGUUCUGAAGGAAAGUCUGCGUCUAAAACCCGUUGCGGCCGUUGCGAUGGGCCGCAGAGUCAUGUCGGAAGUUCAGCUCAAGGACGGGACCAGGCUCCCGAGCGAAUGUGGCAUCGCCCUGUCGGCCGAGAAGAUGUGGGACCCGGAGGUCUACAAGAACCCAAGGACCUACGACGGAUACCGCUUUCUUCACAUGCGGGAAGCCUCGGAGCAGGGAGAGAAGACGGCCCAGCUAGUCAGUACCUCGCCCGAGCACCUUGGGUUCGGUCUCGGGAUUCACGCUUGCCCUGGCCGCUUCUUCGGCGCCAACACGGUGAAGUUGGUCAUGUGUCACUUGUUGCUCAAGUACGACAUCAAGCUGGCUGACAACACCAGCACCAAGCCUCUCGAGUUCGGGUUUUCCAUGUUAGCCAACCCGACCACGAAAGUGCUGAUCAGGCGCCGAAAGGAACAGGUUCACUUCUAGCUUCGAGAACCCCCCAGUCUAGUUCACUUUAUUCGGAUUAGUAUACCAGGUAGUGUGCUCUAUUGGAUAUGAUAGGGUUGUGCGUUUCAAGCCGAGUCCUAGCCGCUGGGAUGGUUGUUCGUUGCUCUUAGACUUCAAACCUUGCUUGGGUACUGAGGCACCCUUCAACUUUGUCCUGAUUAUGGUUGCACUGCAAAACCAAGGAACCCAAAUGUCGAUCCCGGUAGUAGAAGUUCUUUUGGGGUAUUAGGUUUGUGUGGUGUCAUGUAUUACGAAAGCAUGCCGAGACGGGCCAUGCUGCCAAUGGACUUGGCUGUCAGACUCAGUGGUGGUCAUUUCAGAUGUAACC